AUGUUCGGUGAAUCUGAUUCGGAAAGCCCACGAGUGCCCUCCCCAUGGGACACACUCACUUCCGUACCCCCGACACCAACACACAACGAAAUCCUUCGACGAGGAAUACCGCAGCUGGUUCCGGAAAGCGAAGAGGGAAAUGUAGAGUACAAGCUUCAUCUCCUUUCUCCUUCCCCCUCUCGUUUCACCCGUCUUGUCACACAACUUAAAUGGCGUCUUCUGGAAGGCGGUGGACAAGCAUACUACGAACUUGGUGUGGCUGACUCCGGCGUACUCAUAGGGCUAGGGAGGUGGGAGAUGGAGGAAACAUUGGGUACCCUGGAAGAGAUGGCUGGCGAGAUUGGCGCCAGCGUUAUAGUGCGGAGGGUGAGCGGAGUUGUCGAAGACUGGGGCGGGGAUGGAGGCAAACGAAGGAGACGGAGGCAAUUGAUGAACGAGGACUCAGAGACGACAACAACUACGGAGACCGAACUGGAGACUACUGAUGCGGACGAUGAUCUUGCAACAACAAGCAGCCAUGUGGAAGUAUUCUGCAUGGACGAUGAGAAAGGUGACCAGUCAUCAGACGGCGCGGCACUUACCCUGGACCUCGAAAUUGCGACCGUGUAUAAGCCUCGUCCAUUCCGCCGCCGUGUUGCGAGCACCAUGCAAGGCCACUCGGAUAGGCGCAAGGGCAAGGGCAAGAAACCUAAGCAUUUACUUGCGCACACCCCAAACAAUCCAAGCGCCGCACAGCCAGAGACAAGCGACGUGAGGCCAAGCGUGAUCCUCAUCUCACGCACGUUCCAACCAUUAAUGCCCGAGGAAAUGGGCGAGCUUGUCUCAGGCCUGGAAUCCUUUCACGUCACACUUGAGCCUGAAGACCUACGCGUGGCGUCCGCGCCUCCUGAAGUCGAGACCUCAGUGCGUGAUGAUGUACACCUCGAAGACCCCCGAAAUGUCGAAGUAUGCUCUGGGUCACCCUCUUCUAUUUUUGCGGAAACAUAUCGUCACCAGCCCGUUGCAGACGAGUUGGCCUCCCCACCUGAGAUCAUGUUGGUUCCGUCCAAAUGUCCUACUGCUGAGAUCGAGGCGGCAAUGUUAGAACCUCGGCUCAUCGUCGAGGCGCUUGUUGUUCGAAAAAUGUCACUAGAGGAGGCGUUUUUGGACUUUGGAGGAUUCUCAGUGUGUUGAUACGGGUCUAUUGCGUAGUAUUGUCCUCAUUUAACCGUUUAUAUUGUGCGAUUGCACACUCGGACUCAUUUCUUGUAUUGUAAUUAUUUAUUCAUGGCAGAUGCAAUAGAGCUGUGACGGGCAGUGAGGGUUUAGCAAGUAGAGUCUAUCGUCAAAGGUAGCGGAAACAGGUCGAUACCCACUCAGAGGAUGAUUCCAAAGAAUGCUCCUUGUGCAAUUCCAAGGCAAACGCAAGCAAAGC